UGGAGCGAUGUUAAAGAAGAAGACCGAUCGAGUAUUAUCGAGAUGAUCGAGAAUUUGUCGAAACUACGAUCUGCAAAAAAAGCACCGGACAAAGAUCCGAAGCGACGCAAAUCAAAUGUGGAGACAAACAAAAGUAACGACGAUUCAAAGAAAACACCAAAGAAGGAAACUGACAAUAAGGCAAAACAAUUGCAACCGACCGAAAAAAAGAGUUUCGAUAAGGAAGAGGCAAAAAAGCAAAGAAGAAUCACAGAUAAAAGGAAUGACAAGUCAUCGAAGAAUGCCGAUUCGCAUGAGGAAGUGGAUGUGGAGCAGCAGUCAUCGUCUGCUUCUGCAGUGCACAAACAUUCUGAGCAUGACAAAGACAAGAAGAGACCUGAGAAGAGGAAGUUAGUAAAGGAGGUGGAUGAGUGCAACGAGAAGAAGACGGACGAUGCUGAUCGAGACCAGCCGAACGAGAAGAAAAGUAAGCGGAAAUCGGUGGAUGAAAAGGAUGAAUCUGAGAUGAAGAAACGCUCAAAAUUUGAUUCAUUCAAGUUGUUCUGUAAGCUGUGCGACGUGAUCAGUACUGUACCAAAAUAUUCAGACAAAUCCACUGCAGUCAAUCUGUUCAUCAAUAAAGAAGGCUACGAUGGUGAUGUGCUGCUUUUAAUGCAUAUGUUGAUACCAUCUACAGAUCAGCGUGUCUACAAUCUCAAAGAAAAACAACUCAUCAAAUUAUUCUCUUACGUUCGUUCAUUUAUUCUAACAUUCUUUUCACUCGGUUCAUCCUCGAAUACCUAA